CUUUUUUGGUGCAAAAUUGCUGAUACGCAAGAGAGGCAGAACCAUAAUCACACGGCGGUGUUUCUUCGAUAUCGACCGGCCCGACCGCGACGUUGUGUGUCCGUUUGUAUGGUGCUACGCUACUACCCGUGAAAACAGUUCCAUCGACGGUCCGGUUCCGUGUGUGGUACGCACGCACGCACUGUUUUCUUUCGUUUCCAAGUGUGGGUUGGAAAAUUGCGGAGCUUUUCUUUGCUUACCGCGUGUGCCCCGUGUGAGUAGUGUAAACGGCAAGUGCCGUUUGCGGGGGUGAAGAGAAAGUUUUUGGCAGCGAGUGUCGCAAAAAACGUACCCGAGGAAACCAACCAUAGAGUGUUCUGUGUUGUGGUGUGCCCGACGAGAUUGUCCUCGCUUUCUGCGAAACCUGCGGAAGAAUUUCUAGUGCCCACCAGGCCCCCAGGAACCGUGCUCCCUGUCCACCAGCAAAAGGCCGUGUGAUUCGUGUUUGCGCAACGGAAAAAGUGAUGCGGGACCUGGCUAAUAAGAUGGCUGAACUCAAAUUCGAGGCACCGUUGGCACAGUUCGAGGAGAGCGACGAAUGGGGCCCGGUCGAGUACCAGUCGUCGAACGGGAGCGCCAAGGUAGCGGCCAUCAGUGACAGUCUGAAUCUGAACAAUUUGAAGGAAUCGCUCCGCUCGGUCGAUGGCCACCAGCAGCACCAGCAGCAACAUCAGCAGCAGCAGCAGAAGGAUGACGAUCUGAACGAGCUAAACGACAAUCUGCUGCUCGGAGAUGACACACUCGGUGGCAUCGGCGGGGUCACUACGACCAACGGAACUCCGAACAACAAUAACAACAUCAAGCUCGGCUCCAUCAAGGAUAAUAUCGACUUUGCCGAAGCAUUCACGGGCAGCCUGGAGGAUUUGGUCAACACGUUCGACGAGAAGAUUACCAAAUGCUUCGGAAAUUACGAGCAAUCCGUCGAGGAACUGGCCCCAGUGCAGGUCCGCUCGCAGGACGAAAUCAUGAACGAGUGCCAGAUGUGGUGGACGAUUACGGGCAACUUUGGUAACAUUCUGCCCAUCGACUGGUCGAAAACGUAUGCCCGCCAAAUGCACGUGCCGGCGCUAAAUCUUGGCAUGCGCAAACCGGGCACCCCAGACGAUGAGCUGCUGCUGCAGGACCUCAGCUCCGAGGACGAAGCGGUCGCCAACGAUCUCGACAUGCACGCGCUCAUACUGAGCGGUCUGCACGCGGACAACGAGCCAAUCAAAACGGCCGACGAGGUGAUCAAGGAAAUUGACGACAUUAUGGACGAAACUGGGUCCGAAGAUGGGCACCUCGAGAAUGAGGUCAUCGAGAAGGCCAAGGAAGUGCUGGGCUCACCGUUGUACGAAGAAAAACUGCGCUCGCUGUCGAUCACACAACUGAACGAGCUCUACAUGGAAAUGGAGGUGCUGAUUCGCGAGUUUUCGGAAACCCUCAUCUCCGAGCUGGCGCUACGUGACGAGCUCGAGUACGAGAAGGAGCUGAAAAAUACGUUCAUCUCGCUGCUGCUCGCGGUACAGAACCGGCGCCGUCAGUACCACGUGGAGAAAAAGAAGGGCAAAACAGUCGGCAAGGGUUCGGCCAGCGUUCCGAACAGUAACGGCAUUGAUCCGAAGUAUCUCACUACAGUCAUUCCCUAUCAGCUGAACAGCACACCCGACAACCAGACACUGCAGGUGCUGAUAAAAAUACUGAAAGCCAUCAAUGAAGACAGUCCUACCGUCCCGACGCUCUUGACGGACUACAUCCUGAAGGUAUUGUGCCCGACGUAAGCUGUUCGAGUGGCCCGCUUUCGUUCUCUCACUCGAUGGGCUCAUGUGUGUGCGUGGUGCUUUCCCCGUGCUAUCAGGACAUCCGGUUCUGCACCAUACAUGAGCGUGUAUAGACGCGAAAGGGUAAACUCAACUGUCGUCGACAACAAGUGGCGGCGUGCAACGGGUCUAGUAGAAAUCUAGCGGAAUGUAAGCGAGUGCAAACGAGUGUUACAUGACGCAAUGUAGACAGAGAGGAUAACAUAAUUUGCCACUAACGGGGUGUUAAAACUGCAAUGCUAUUAGACCGUAAUUCGUAAGUGUUCAUUUACUACUCGCCUUCCCGUAUUUGUACACCUUCAAUUUAUUAUUUAUUUACUCCCUUUCUUUCGUCUAAAAAGUAACCCCCCAAACACGACGAAUUGUUGCGAUCGACGGUAUGCAUGUGACGCACAUUGGCCGUUACAAUGAACUGCCUGCAGUAAUUGCGAAAUAAUAGUAAUAAUUGUUUCACUAUCGAUAAAUCUGUUGUUGCAACCAAAAUCUUCUCAAUUGCUCGGUGAUCCGCCCCAUUGGAUUGUGUUACUUUCUCACGUGUGCUUCUCACGGAACUCACGGAACAAAUCCAAAGAUAUGUAAGGUAAAUGUCACACCAAUGGUUAUGCUUUUCUAAUGCAUUCACUACCCCCGGGUAUGGCACCGAUCCGGGUGAAAGCACCGGUUUUUCUCCCGCCCACCCCAGAAUGCGGCUUUCUGCGAUCAGAUUGACAUUCCAUCUUUUUCCGUUCGAAUAGUUUUUCUUCCUCAAAAAGCUCAACUCAAAAACCUGGAAGAAACCCUUCUGCACCGUCGGGGAAGUGAUAUUGGCGAGAUGCACUAUGUAUUGUGUUUUAUGUAGCAGAAUGUGCAAUGUGGUAGUGUUAGAACCCGCCCUGGAGAACCAUUGUGAAUGAUUUUCUAGAGCUCCUCCUGAUUAUCUGCUAGAAUUUGGAACUGUUUGGAAUCCCCCGCGAUCGGUAGCGAACAGGAAGACACGUAUUGCCAUCAAAACUGGACCGAGAAGUCCCAGGAGUCUGCCCCCCCAUUUCUUUUUCUACUACGCUAGUCAUUAUACUCAACGUACAGCGAUCGAAUGUGUUCUUCCCUAAAAUUCUGUUGUUCCACUAUAGGUUCCUUUCUGUUUUGUUGUGCGUUAGAGAGCAAUACUCUAUUUUGUUUUUGUAACUUCAUUUGAGCAAUAUUAGCGAUUAGUGAGACACGCCAACGGGGCCGCAAAUCGGGAUAGUAGAGACACCCCAACGGCUGCGCGAUAUCUUCACCCGUGGUUGAAGAGUAGAAUUUUAGUAAAAAGCAAACCAACAAGACGAUGUUCAUUGCUCGACAUGGUCGCUUUCGUCCGCUCGCCUAUAUUGUCGGUCAAGUAUAAGAAGAUAAGAAACCUGCGCACACACAACGUGCCCGGGACACGACGGAUUGCAAACACACACCUGUUGUGAAAUGCCAUAUUACUUUGAUUUAGGUACACGAUUGUUUUCUUUUUAAUCAAAGAUAUAUACAUACGCUUCGAAAACAUUUUCGCACUCUCCAGCUUCGAGAAUUGUGUAGUAUCCCCUAAUAAAACAGAAUAAAUGAAUAAAUAUAAUGAUCGUAUCGUAGCGUGUUUCGGUGGAACGAAGAAACAUGCGGAACACAAGGCUAGAAACGGAAAGGCCUCCGCAAAACGGAAGCCACCGGCGGCGGUAAGAUGACGGAUAGGUUAUUUAUAUAGAUAUAUAUGUAUGCAGAGAUAUGUGUACCAAACAUAAAAACCUACAAUAUGUGGACACAUAACUCCCGAGUCCUUUCGGAAGCCAGCUUCAGACGAUGGUCCGCGAGUAACUGUAAGAGCUUCUGCCCUGUUUUGCUGCCAAUUUUGUUGCCCUUUUACUGUAGACUGCCCUAAACGAAGUGUUAGUGUUUAGUGAACUUCCGUUCGUUUUUCUGUGCGAGUAUACACGAAGUUAGGCUAACCGUUGUAAAAAGCGCAUGCCACCGAGCGAGGUGGAAGACGACAGUUUUACUAGUUUGGUAGUUCAGUUUUCAAAACCCGGAGAACGCGAGGCGAAUUACUAUUUGCUGGGUGCACCAAGCCAAGCCUUUUACUCUAGCCAACUGCUCUUUGCUGCUACUUUGGAAUCCGCGCCAAUUUCGUUUCGUUUUGUGUACCGGCGACUACUGAUAAGAAGGAAGAAGUGCGAACAUUCUGGCGUCAUUACCGAAACCAACUUUUUCCCUCGUCUUCAUUAAAUAACUCUCCAGCUCGUUGAUAAGCUCCUGGGAAGCAAUAGCAAAAGUAAACACUAUACAGAAUGUCCGAAAUAAGCGACACUCACAAUAUGUAAUCACUAAAAGCAAAACAGUAAAUCGCACAAAGGCGAGAAGAUGACCCUAUUUGACCCUGAAGGAACCAUGCAGCAAAUGCAGAUGGAACAUGCAUAGUAAUAGUUAAACGAAACGAAAAGAAACGAAUCCUCCCAACAGUAACUGCCCGGGAUCGUCGGAAGUGCUGCAGCAAAACAGUAGCGAGCAGCUGGAGCAACCAAUUCGCAGCAAGAUGUUCAAUUUUAGGUGCAAAUUUAUAAAUAAAUGAAUACAGCUAAAAAUGGGGUCCCAGAAAGUGGCAAUAGGAGAGCGAAACUGAAAACAGUGAACGGUGUGAAGAGCGACCAAAUGUUAGAGAACUGGCGCACAAUUCUUUCUAAACGUGCUGGUGCAACCUUGACCCAAGAUGCACACGCAGACGGGGGUCAAACACAGAAAGUGCAAAUAAAACGGCAAGAAACACACACAUACACUUAUUGGGCAAAUAAAACUGCUUCAA